GACGGCGCAGCGCGGGCUCGCCGCCGAGGGCGCGCCAGGCACUGGGGCUUGGCUGGGCCAGGCGGCCGUCCUUCCAGCAGCGAAAAGGCAGUGGGCCCAGGUCACGAUGGCCCACGCCGGGGCGCUGCCGGCCGCCGCCGAGCAGCCACCCCAGACGGCGUGGCACGGCCAGCCAGCCGAGCCGGCGCCGUCCGCAUGGGGCUGGUCGAGCCAGGCGCAGUGCGCGGUGGUCCACGCGUGGGUGCCGCAGGCUGCCUCUGGGACGCUGCUGCAGCCGGCGCAGCCGGGGCACGGAGACGAAG